AUGCACGAGUAUAAGCACUUGAACGAGGCUCGUCGAGCCUUUGGUAACGCACAACGCUCACGUGAGAUUCAUGAAAGGGGGCUAGAGAAAUUUAAUAUUGAAAUCCGGAAAAACAGUGCACUGCGAAAUCGUUUACUUGUCCUCUCUUCCUUUGGUGGCCUUCUAUCUGCGGCGGGGGUGCUUGGUGCAACAAGCGGUCUGCAGCAGGUGGGUGGCAGGGGUUUUGUUCGAGCAAUGCUUAUCGGUCAACUACUCCUGCAGGCCGUCACUGGAGGGGGUGCUGCUGCCUACACAGUAUGCCUCGGACUUGUAUUUGAACGCCUUGUGUAUGAUAUUGAACUGAAACGUGAACUUUGGGAAAUAGAGAAUCACCUUGUGGGAGAGAUUCAAGAGAUGGUUGCAAUUUACAAGGCGCAGGGACUUUCCGAAGAUGACGCCCUUAUGGUUACGCGUGUCUUCGCGAAGCACAGAAAGAGGUUUGCUAACCUAAUGAUGGUGGAGGAGCUUGGCUAUUCCCGGUUGGAGCCUCCAUGCCGCAGGGAAGCCUUUGUGGAUGCCGCAGUUCCCGCUGCCAUUGGCUACACGAUGGGAUGUUUGCUGCCACUUGUUCCACUGCUAGCGCGACGCCUCUGUGCUUCACGAACUCAUGAAAUAGGGCUGUGCACGUUAGCACUGGGGAGUGUGUUUGUGAGUGUGGCGCAGUCGGAGGUAUUCUACGGGGGCUACGCAAGCAAGUUGAAGACAGUGAAGGUCAUUGCGUGCAACCUUUCAGCGGUAGGGGUUAUUUUUGGUAUAGCUCGAGUGGCAUCGUAUUUUUUUCGUGGCGGAUCAUGA